AUCAGCUUUAUCCAAGAUACCAUAAGGACUGCCUCUGAAUCGCAGUCCAGAAAGAAGAAACAGUCGUGUUGAUUUAAGUUGAACAUUUGUCUCUAAGAUUAAGAACAAAGCCAUGCCAGUGCUUUCGGAAGACUCAGGAUUGCAUGAAACUUUGGCCCUUUUGACAUCUCAGCUAAGACCUGAUUCAAAUCAUAAAGAGGAAAUGGGAUUCCUUAGGGAUGUCUUCAGUGAAAAGAGUCUCAGCUAUCUGAUGAAGAUUCAUGAAAAACUCCGUCAUUACGAAAGACAGAGUCCAACUCCUGUUUUACAUAGUGCAGCAGGAUUAGUUGAAGAUGUAAUAGAAGAAUUGCAGACUGCACCAGUGAAUAAUGAAGAAAAAGAGCUACUUCAGCUGUUGUCAACACCACAUCUCAGGGCAAUGCUUGUAGUACAUGACACGGUAGCACAGAAGAACUUUGACCCAGUCCUUCCACCUCUACCCGAUAACUUUGAUGAUGAUUUUGAUGAGGAAUCAGUGAAAAUUGUUCGGCUAGUGAAAAAUAAAGAACCCUUGGGAGCUACCAUCAGAAGAGAUGAGCAUACAGGAGCUGUGAUUGUAGCAAGGAUCAUGAGAGGUGGUGCAGCUGAUCGCAGCGGUCUUGUCCAUGUUGGAGAUGAGCUAAGAGAAGUCAAUGGUAUUACUGUGCUUCACAAACGACCAGAAGAAAUAAGUCAGAUUUUGGCUCAGUCUCAGGGAUCAAUAACAUUAAAAAUAAUUCCAGCCAUCAAAGAAGAAGAUCGUCUAAAAGACAGCAAGGUGUUUAUGAGGGCGCUUUUCUGCUAUAAUCCCAAAGAAGACAGAGCCAUUCCCUGCCAGGAGGCUGGGCUGCCAUUUAAGAGACGACACGUCCUAGAAGUUGUAAGCCAAGAUGAUCCCACAUGGUGGCAAGCAAAGCGUGUUGGAGAUACCAACCUCAGAGCAGGCUUAAUCCCCUCAAAACAGUUCCAAGAAAGACGACUGACUUACAGAAGAACAAUAGGCACUCUGCAGAAUCCCAGAACUGUGAAGAAACCACUAUAUGAUCAGUCUUCUGAUAAAGAAGACUGUGACUGUGAAGGAUAUUUCAACGGACAGUAUAUCGCUGGCUUACGCAGGAGCUUUAGAUUAAGUCGUAAAGAUAAGGAGAACAAUCUGAACGAAGGAAAGCAAGCAGAGCAGGCAGACGCAGCAGAGUUCCUAACGUACGAAGAAGUCACAAAAUAUCAGCAGCAGCCUGGUGAACAGCAGAGGCUGGUGGUUUUGAUUGGUUGUUUGGGGGCCAAAUUAAGCGAGCUCAAGCAGAAGGUUGUGUCAGAGAAUCCACAGGAGUAUGGUGUUGCAGUUCCACAUACAACCAGGUCAAAGAAAAGUCAUGAGAAAGAAGGAGUGGAAUACAAUUUUGUCUCUAAGCAAUCAUUUGAGACAGAUGUGCAGCAAAACAAAUUUGUGGAACAUGGAGAAUAUAAAGAAAAUCUGUAUGGUACAAGUCUUGAGGCAAUCCGGUCCGUGAUGGCCAAAAAGAAGGUUUGUUUGGUGGAUGUAGUACCUGAAGCAGUAAAGCACUUGAGGACUCCUGAGUUUAAGCCUUAUGUUAUCUUUGUGAAGCCUCUCAUUCCAGAAAAGAAAAAACAUGUCCUAAAAUCUCCUGUGUCAGAAGAAAUCUCAGCCCCCCUUGAUGAAGAACAGCAGGAAAUUAUUAAUUCAGCAGCAUUCAUUGAAGAGCAGUAUGGCCAUUUAAUUGACACCGUACUGGUGAAGGAAGAUCUCCAGAGUGCAUGUUAUCAGCUGAAAACUGUGCUAGAGAAACUAAACAAGGAUUCAUUUUGGGUGCCAGUCAACUGGGUUAGGUCAUAGCUUGUUAUCAUCUGAUUAAGGGAAAGAUUAUAUAAAAACGUCUUGUAAAUAUAUGGAUUAGACAAGUGAAAUAUGUCAAAUUCACUUCAAAACUGCUGGACUACCUAGAAGGUAAUACAUAAAGACUGUAAGAGACAAACUAAACAAGGUCAGAAGCUGACACUGCCUUCCUGAAUCAAAAUCUUGAAUAGCAGUGUCAUUUAAAAGUGAAUACUCAAGACUAAACAGAUCAGUAAAAGAUUGGUGUGACUUUCAGACUGUAAGUAGUGUGUUUUGUACAGUAAAGUUUCACAGAGGGUCCCACACUUCCAAAGCAUCUAAGUAGUGCUAGGACACUAACCAGCUGGAAUUUUCAUCUUUUGGCCACAAAUUUUGUGGCUAGAGUUAAAGCAUCUGAACAAGGUAUGUUUCAGGAACCAGUCUGCCUACAGAACAAGCUACUUCAGCUAGGUUCUUUGGAGAGUGCUUACACCAUGUCAAUUACUCAAACGUUCAACUGGCUGACAGGCCAGCAAAACACGUUUCCCUUCACUCAGGAUGUUUAGCUGCAAAUCCCUUCUGAUUAGACACUAAAACUAGGCCAGUUAUAUAUUUUAGUGGCUGAGAGGGGGGGUUUGUUUUUUUACAU